CCCAGAUCAUUACGGAGGCGAGAGGUUCUGAAGCAUCGCUCAAGAUCGCCUUCAAGACAAACUCCAGUAGAGCGUUGUUAAUCUGAAGAGAAAUCGCCUUCAGUGAUGGGGACACCCGAGAACAGCUGUACAUAAGGAAUAGCGAUAAACCCAAUCAGAAACGGCGAAAGGAGUUUUCCAUCGUGUGAAAAUGCUCUUUGGUCAGUAUUGGAAAUUCGUGUGUGUAAUCACGGUCGAAAUGCAAGGCCAUAUAUGUGAAUGAAGUAUACUGAACGUUAUUAGUCGAGGUGCCGUAGCUCCCCCGCGCUCCGUGUUUCGGACCCAACUUGCCGACCGCCAAGAUGAACGACUCGAUCGACCUCGACCUGUUCGACGUGAACGGCUCGUUCCCGCUUAACUGCUCGUACCUGAACGCCGUCGAUCGCGAGAUGGAGCGCAACUGCAGCCUGGGUCUGUUCACGGGCGACAGCUCCUCCAUCCACAUGGUGACCAACAUCAUCAUGCAGGCUUGCUACGCCGUCGCCUUCCUGGUGGGCCUCUGCGGCAACACGCUCGUCAUCUACGUGGUGACGCGCUUCUCCAAGAUGCAGACGGUGACCAACCUGUACAUCGUGAACCUGGCCAUCGCCGACGAGCUGUUCGUGGUGGGCAUCCCGUUCCUCAUGAUGACGUCCGCCAUGGGCUACUGGGCCUUCGGCUCCAUCAUGUGCAAGCUGUACAUGAUUACGACGUCGCUCAACCAGUUCACCAGCUCGCUCUUCCUCACCAUCAUGAGCGCCGACCGCUACAUCGCCGUCUGCCACCCCAUCAGCUCCAACAAGUUCCGCACGCCCAUGAUCUCCAAGCUGGUGUCGCUGACGGCGUGGACCAUCUCGGCGCUCAUGAUCGUGCCGGUGUUCAUGUACUCGAACACGCUCAAGGUCAACGACCUGAUCAACUGCAACAUCUUCUGGCCCGACGGCUUCGGCGUGAGCGGCCAGUUCGUGUUCACGCUCUACUCGUUCAUCCUGGCCUUCGGCAUCCCGCUCGUGCUCAUCUUCAUCUUCUACAGCCUGGUGCUGCACAAGCUCAAGACGGUGGGGCCGAAGGCGAAGUCCAAGGAGAAGAAGAAGAGCCACCGCAAGGUCACCAAAAUGGUGCUCACCGUCAUCACCGUCUACGUGAUGUGCUGGCUGCCCUACUGGGUGCUGCAGCUGGCGCUCAUUUUCAGCCCGCCGCGCGAGGGCCAGAGCUCCUUCAUGAUCGUCCUGUUCCUCAUCUCCUCGUGCCUCUCCUACAUCAACUCCGCCAUCAACCCCAUCCUGUACGCCUUCCUCAGCGACAACUUCAAGAAGAGCUUCAUGAAGGCGUGCAUCUGCGCCGCCCGCAAGGACGUCAACAGCGCCCUCACCGUCGAGAACUCGGUGUUCCCGCGGCGGAGGGGCGGCUCCUCCAACCCUCGCGGCGGAGGCGGCAAGGGCGGCCACGACCUCGAGUCCAACGACGCCUUCACGACCCACGACAUCAGGGACGAGCCCACGACCGCCAUCACCAUGACGACCACGCGAUCCACCGCCAGCCAGGGCGCCAAGGAGAACGGCGCCCUCGUCAACUCGCAGUUCUGA